AUGGAUGGGAAGAGGGUAUGUGAUGAGAGAGGAGAGAUAAAGAAAGGGCCAUGGAAGGCAGAAGAAGAUGAGGUGCUGAUAAACCAUGUGAACAAGAAUGGCCCAAGAGAAUGGAGCUCCAUUCGAUCCAAAGGCCUCUUGCAGCGUACUGGAAAGUCUUGUCGCCUUCGUUGGGUUAAUAAACUCAGACCUAACUUGAAACAUGGAGUGAAGUUUUCGGCAGAGGAGGAGAGGACAGUGAUAGAACUGCAGGCGCAAAUUGGGAACAAAUGGGCAAGAAUUGCUACAUAUUUGCCUGGAAGAACAGAUAAUGAUGUGAAGAAUUUCUGGAGUAGUAGGCAAAAGAGGUUGGCUAGGAUUCUUCAGACACAAACUCCACCACCCAAGUCCCAGAAAAACAGCAGUGAAAGCCAUGUUCUUCAUGAUGUUCCUGCUCUGGAGACACCCAAGUUGAGUUCUUCAACGGAGGAAGAAUCAUUGUCUAAAACACAAUCUUGCUUAUCAUCCUACAUUGAUCACUCAGCAACAAUCAGAAUGGUGUCAUUACCAGAACUAUUCAACCCUAACUCGCUUCAUCUGCUUCAACUUGGAUUCACCACUACUGAGAAGAAACCGUGCAGUGACUCACAAUUCCAACUCUGCUUUCCUCAGAUUCCCCAGCUUCAAUCAGACAAUUUGCUUUUUCUAGAAAGCCAAGAACUCGUCGGUGGACUCCGGGAUCCUGACUUUUUGGAUGUGUUUGAAGGACAUUUCAAUCGUUAUGAACUUGGUGAUGCACAGAUACCUACUGUGUUGCCAAGUUUUGGACCAGAAAAUUUUCAAAAUGGUGGUGGUGUGGGAGAAAAUGGGAACCCUUUAACACCUGAUAGCUUCAGUGAUGACUUCCCGAUGGACAUGUUUGAUCAGGUUGAACCACUACCAAGCCCAUCAGAGUGGUGA